UAAAUCCCUAGUCUCCGUUCUUGUCUUCUCCGAAUCGAAGCGGUGGAGCUCGCUCUGGUGGCUUUAAUGUCUUCAAUUUCAAACCCUAGAUCUGAUCUCUGCUGAUCGAUCCAUUGCUCUCUCUCUCUCUCUCUUUGAGCCAUGGCCGCUCCUUUCUUCUCAACGCCUUUCCAACCCUACGUUUAUCAGGGAGCCGAAGCAGCAGUAACGCCUUUUCAAAUAAUAGGUGGAGAAGCUCAGAUUGUACAGAUUAUGUUAAAAUCCCAAGAGAAGGUUACUGCAAAACCUGGUACCAUGUGUUAUACGUCUGGGUCUAUUCAGCUGGAUAACAUCUAUUUACCCGAGCAUGAAGGUGGUGCAUUGCAAUGGCUUCUUGGCAAGAAUGCAACUAGCAUUGUUCUUUCAAAUUCUGGAGGUGAUAAUGGCUAUGUUGGAAUUGCAGCACCGUCUCCUGCAAGGAUACUCCCGAUUGAUCUAGCAAACUUUGGUGGAGAGAUUCUUAUUCAGCCAGAUGCAUUUCUUUGCUCCGUCAAUGACGUAACAAUCAAAAGCUCAGUGGACCUAAGAGCCCGUAAUGUUUUCUCUGGUUCAGAGGUAUUUCUGAAACAGAAGCUUGUAGGUCAAGGGCUUGCUUUCCUUGUUGGUUGUGGAUCUGUUGUACAGAAAAUCCUUGAUGUUGGGGAGGUUGUGGUAGUUGAUGUUGCCUGCAUUGUGGCCAUGACAAGUACCAUUGAUUUCCAAUUGAAGCAAUCCAAUCCUGUAAGAAGGACGAUUUUUGGGGGUGAAACCCAGUUUACAGCUUCGUUAACGGGACCUGGCAUUGUCUUCAUUCAGAGUUUACCCUUCCAUCGGCUUUCUCAGCGGAUUGCCAGAGCGGUGACGCCCCCAGGCAUGAGAGAGAGUCCGAAGUUCUUCAUUCAGAUUGCUAUUUUCUUCUUUCUGGCCUAUGUUAUGAUUGUAUCGUCUCUGAUUUUAACUGAUAUGUAGUGCCCCUCACUCUUUUCUUCACAGAAAAUUUGUAUUGUUCCCUACUCUCAUAUAGGUGGUAUAGAGGUCUUUGAGAUAAAAAAAAAA